AACCCCGCCAGUGGCUCACGCCUCCUGCAUACGGGAUGAGGUGAGCAGCGCCGCCGCUGAGAGGGGGCGCGCGCGGGUGUGAGCGUGUGUCCGUGUGCGAGUGUGUGUGCGCCGGGCGGGCGGGCACUGCAGCUUCUUCCUCCGUGGAGCGGAGAGCGAGAGAGAGCUAGAGCGAGCGAGAGAGCGGCGAAGGCGGGCAGAGGGGCGCGGGCGAGGCGGAGCAGCCAUCCCCGGGCCCGGCGCCGCGCCGCCACCAUGCUAAACAACCUGACGGACUGCGAGGACGGCGAUGGGGGAGCCAACCCCGGUGAUGGCAACCCCAAGGAGAGCAGCCCCUUCAUCAACAGCACUGACACAGAGAAGGGAAGGGAGUAUGAUGGCAAGAAUAUGGCCCUGUUUGAGGAGGAGAUGGACACCAGCCCCAUGGUGUCCUCCCUGCUCAGUGGCCUGGCCAACUACACCAACCUGCCCCAGGGAAGUAGGGAGCAUGAAGAGGCAGAAAACAAUGAGGGUGGAAAAAAGAAGCCAGUGCAGGCCCCACGCAUGGGCACCUUCAUGGGUGUGUACCUACCAUGCCUGCAGAACAUCUUUGGUGUCAUCCUCUUCCUGAGGCUCACUUGGGUAGUGGGCAUCGCAGGCAUCAUGGAGGCCUUCUGCAUGGUCUUCAUCUGCUGCUCCUGUACAAUGCUCACGGCCAUCUCCAUGAGUGCAAUCGCAACCAAUGGUGUUGUACCUGCUGGCGGCUCCUACUACAUGAUUUCCAGGUCUCUGGGCCCAGAGUUUGGGGGCGCCGUUGGCCUCUGCUUCUACCUGGGCACUACAUUUGCUGGGGCCAUGUACAUCCUGGGCACCAUCGAAAUCCUGCUGGCUUACCUCUUCCCAGCUAUGGCCAUUUUUAAGGCAGAAGAUGCCAGUGGGGAGGCAGCAGCCAUGUUGAACAAUAUGCGUGUGUAUGGCACCUGUGUGCUCACUUGCAUGGCCACUGUGGUAUUUGUGGGCGUCAAGUAUGUCAACAAGUUUGCCCUUGUCUUCCUGGGUUGUGUCAUCCUCUCCAUCCUGGCCAUCUAUGCUGGGGUCAUCAAAUCUGCCUUCGACCCACCCAACUUCCCGAUCUGCCUCCUGGGGAACCGCACACUAUCUCGCCAUGGCUUUGAUGUCUGUGCCAAGCUGGCUUGGGAAGGAAAUGAGACGGUGACCACACGGCUCUGGGGCCUUUUCUGUUCCUCCCGUUUCCUCAACGCCACCUGUGAUGAGUACUUCACCCGAAACAAUGUCACGGAGAUCCAGGGCAUCCCUGGCGCUGCCAGUGGCCUCAUCAAAGAGAACCUCUGGAGCUCCUACCUGACCAAGGGGGUGAUUGUGGAGAGACGUGGGAUGCCCUCGGUGGGCCUGGCAGAUGGCACCCCUGUCGACAUGGACCAUCCUUAUGUCUUCAGCGACAUGACCUCCUACUUCACCCUGCUGGUUGGCAUCUACUUCCCCUCAGUCACAGGGAUCAUGGCUGGUUCUAACCGUUCUGGAGACCUGCGGGAUGCCCAGAAGUCAAUUCCCACUGGCACCAUCCUGGCCAUUGCCACCACCUCUGCUGUCUACAUCAGUUCUGUUGUUCUGUUUGGGGCCUGCAUUGAGGGGGUCGUCCUGCGGGACAAGUUUGGCGAAGCUGUGAAUGGCAACCUGGUGGUGGGAACACUGGCCUGGCCAUCCCCUUGGGUCAUUGUCAUCGGAUCCUUCUUCUCCACCUGUGGGGCUGGGCUGCAGAGCCUCACGGGGGCCCCACGCCUGCUGCAGGCCAUCUCCCGGGACGGCAUAGUGCCCUUCCUGCAGGUCUUUGGCCACGGCAAAGCCAACGGAGAGCCAACAUGGGCCUUGCUCCUGACGGCCUGCAUCUGUGAGAUUGGCAUCCUCAUUGCAUCCCUCGACGAAGUUGCCCCCAUCCUCUCUAUGUUCUUCCUGAUGUGCUACAUGUUUGUGAACCUGGCCUGUGCCGUACAGACACUGCUGAGGACCCCCAACUGGAGGCCACGCUUUCGAUACUACCACUGGACACUCUCCUUCCUGGGCAUGAGCCUCUGCCUGGCCCUCAUGUUUAUCUGCUCCUGGUAUUACGCCCUGGUGGCCAUGCUCAUUGCUGGGCUCAUCUACAAAUAUAUCGAGUACCGCGGGGCAGAGAAAGAGUGGGGUGAUGGGAUCCGAGGCCUGUCCCUCAGCGCUGCACGCUACGCCCUCUUACGCCUGGAGGAAGGGCCCCCACAUACCAAGAACUGGAGGCCACAGCUGCUGGUGCUGGUGCGCGUGGACCAAGACCAGAAUGUGGUACAUCCACAGCUGCUCUCACUGACCUCCCAGCUCAAGGCAGGGAAGGGCCUGACCAUUGUGGGCUCUGUCCUUGAGGGCACCUUUCUGGACAACCAUCCCCAGGCCCAGCGGGCAGAGGAGUCCAUCCGGCGCCUGAUGGAGGCAGAGAAGGUGAAAGGCUUCUGCCAGGUAGUGAUUUCCUCCAACCUGCGUGACGGCGUGUCGCAUCUGAUCCAGUCCGGGGGCCUCGGGGGGCUGCAGCACAACACCGUGCUGGUUGGCUGGCCCCGCAACUGGCGGCAGAAGGAAGAUCAUCAGACAUGGAGGAACUUCAUUGAGCUGGUUCGGGAAACCACAGCUGGUCACCUGGCCCUACUGGUCACCAAGAACGUUUCCAUGUUCCCUGGGAACCCCGAGCGCUUCUCCGAGGGCAGCAUCGACGUCUGGUGGAUUGUGCACGACGGAGGCAUGCUCAUGUUGCUGCCUUUCCUGCUGCGACACCACAAGGUCUGGCGGAAGUGCAAGAUGCGCAUCUUCACCGUGGCCCAGAUGGACGACAACAGCAUCCAGAUGAAAAAGGACCUGACCACCUUUCUGUACCAUUUACGUAUCACCGCAGAGGUCGAGGUCGUGGAGAUGCAUGAAAGCGAUAUCUCGGCAUACACCUACGAGAAGACAUUGGUGAUGGAGCAGCGUUCUCAGAUCCUCAAACAGAUGCAUUUAACCAAGAAUGAGCGAGAGCGCGAGAUCCAGAGUAUCACAGAUGAGUCUCGCGGCUCAAUCCGGAGAAAGAAUCCAGCCAACACUCGGCUCCGCCUCAACGUCCCAGAAGAGACCGCUGGUGACAGUGAGGAGAAGCCAGAAGAGGAGGUGCAGCUCAUCCACGACCAGAGCGCUCCCAGCUGCCCCAGCAGCUCUCCGUCCCCGGGGGAGGAGCCUGAGGGGGAGGGCGAGGCCGAUCCUGAGAAGGUGCAUCUCACCUGGACCAAGGACAAGUCGGUGGCAGAGAAGAAUAAGGGCCCCAGUCCCGUCUCCUCGGAGGGCAUCAAGGACUUCUUCAGCAUGAAGCCGGAGUGGGAGAAUUUGAACCAGUCCAACGUGCGGCGCAUGCACACUGCCGUGCGGCUGAACGAGGUCAUCGUGAAGAAAUCCCGGGAUGCCAAGCUGGUGUUGCUCAACAUGCCUGGACCUCCCCGCAACCGCAACGGUGACGAAAAUUACAUGGAGUUCCUCGAGGUCCUCACCGAGCACCUGGACCGGGUGAUGCUGGUCCGCGGCGGCGGCCGCGAGGUCAUCACCAUCUACUCCUGAGAGCCAGGACCUGCCACCCGGGCCCGAGCGCGCCCGGCCGGCGGCCCCGGAGCCCUCGCCGCGCCCCCCGCCGCUGUCACCGUUUACAUACAGACCCUGUGCCCGCGCCCUGGCCCCUUUCCCCGCUGCCUGAAGCCCGGAGGCCACGCCGCUCGGGGCUGACUCGGAGGGGACCGCCCCGCGCGGAGGCCGGAGCCCGAGCGCCCCGUUGGCUCGUCGCUCUGCGGGCCCGGCCUCGCCCCGCCGGAGGAGACGCUGCAAUAAGGCCGGGGAGGCGCGGAGGGCGGAGGAGCGGGGCCGUGAGGAGCGCCCGCGGGCCGCGCGGCCGCGUCCCCUCCCCAGCCCCGCCCGGUCCUCCUCGGCGCCCCGGCGCAGGCCCGGCACCCGGGCGGCCCGAGGGCGCGCGGUGGGGAGGCCGCGCUCGGCCCGACCCGCCGCCCCUCCGCGCGGUGCCGCGCCUAUACAUAGUGUACAGGAGACAUCGCGUGUAUUUUUAACGUCCCCAUAUUUCUGUGACUAGAAGCGCAACGGACUUCUCUGCUCGCCGUCUUCGAGCUCUCCCGCUGGGGGCACGCGGGGGAGGCGCCGGCCUCGGGAGGCUGGGUUUUCCUGGACGUCCGCGAGUUUGGGAGCAAAAGUGCUUUCGGCCCAGGCGGGAGUCGUGGUCCUGGCCCCUCGACACCCCCGCUCCGCUCUCGCCUCCUCGCCCUUCCCGCGCGCCCCCGGCUUCCGACCCUUCCCGCAAGUUCGUUUUGGAGAUGGGGUGAGACCAGCGCCCGGCUUUUCCUGGAUCCGCCUCCCAGCGGCUGCGGAGACGCGCGCAGCCGCCUCUCGGCUCCCCGCGAGCCGGAGCCGGGACCGGGGAGGGGCUGCUGGGGGCGGGGGUGGUGAGGGGAUGGGGGGCGGAGAGACCGAGGAAGCCCCGCCCCCGUGCCUUCAUGGGGGAGCGGGCGUCUCUCCUCGUCGGCUGGUCGCCUGCUCCCCCUAUCCCAUGGCUCCUCGCCAAAGACUGAAACCGGGGAGCUGGAGGGCGUCCCCUCCCCGGAGUUGCGUCCCUGGGACAGGCGAGGGACGAGGGGAAGCGAUUUGGGUUUAGGGGCCAGACCCACCGGGGAGGCCCCAGCUCUGCUCCUGAUGUUCCCUCCCCUGUCCCCACCCGGCAGCUGGCAGCUCCGGCCUCGGGGACCCAGCCGCCUUCUCCCGCGUGCCGGGGUCGGGCCUUGCUGCCCAGCAGCGGCCUCUAGCUGCGUCUCCCAGGCACCCGGGCCUGGGGGAGGGCUGGAGUCGCCAUGUGCUUUGUUCUAAGCGCCUCUCUGCCCUCCUCCAACCAGGACCCAAAGCCUUUCUUUGGCUUCUCCAACUCCAGUCCUUGGCGCUUCUGCUCCACGCAGCCUGGUCGGAGGCGCCGUCUAUACCUAGAGAAGGAGCAUUGGGCGGGCUCCCUUCCCCCAGGGCACGUCACUAAGGGGGACAGGCACUGCAUGCUCGUUCCAGCGCCCUCUGGGACCGGGUUCAGUACCUCCAGCUCCAGGUCCCUGACAUUUGCACCUAGUUAGACAUCCUGCCCACCUCCCAGAGCUGGGGCUACUGAGUACUCCUGACCUCACCACCUCCUUCCCUUUGAGCCCAAGGCGGAGAGCUGGAGCUGUUGCCGUCUAUAGACUGGGUCAGGUGUGGCUGGAGGUAGGUCUCAGUAUCUGCCUGUUAGGCCAAGGCCCUCUGAUAAGGGGGCAAGAUGGACUCUCCAGAAGGUUGGAAAUAUUAAGACACCAGGCCCCCCCACCUGACCCCCUGCAUCUUUCAAAAGACCUCCGAGAACCACAGCUGGGUCUAGCCUUCUGGGGGCCUGAGCAUCCCCAGGCUAAGCGGCAGCCUGGGCAGAAGGGGAAGGGGCUGUAUCAACACCACCAAUUAGGGAACCAAAGUUGCACUAUCUGGGCCCAGAAUGUCUGGUUGGCAAGAGCAAAGUUUCUGUUAAAGAAGACAAACAUCCCAUAACAAAACCCAAGUUUUCUGUGCUACAUGUGCAAUAUUUGUUAUGAAUGUUAUCACAGGUCAUUCAUCAAAUUAUCUUUAUAAUCAUCGUAGCUAGAUGUUUCAUGUCCAUUCAAGUGACUUUUAUUCUGAGUGCAAUAUUUCAAUAGCCUCGUAGUGAGAACUAGUGUUGCUUUUGUUUUAGCCGAUCUAUGUGCAGGGCAAUGCAAUGAAGUUGAAAACCCUUGUAAAUAGGAGAGGUUGCAAACCAAAUCAAGAUUAUUUAUUACUAUUAUUAGGCCUGCCUUUAAUUUUCAGUGUUUCAGUAUUCCGCAUUCCGCCUCAGUACUGAUCUUGUGUUCUUUGUGCCAAUAUGGAAAGGAGCGCGUUGGUUCUUUCCUUUCUUGUUGAAUGCUCCUCCGCUCCCAUUUAAUGCUUUACAGCUUUUACUGUAUUUUUUAGACUCCCGUCUGCACAAAAUGCAAUAAAAAUAAUUUUAUUAUACCCUU